UUUAUUGUAAGGAAAGCCUGGCCAACAUCGUCUCAGCUACCACGGUUGCCAAGUUCGCGAUUUUCAAUCUUUUUUUUAUGAAAAAACUAGCAGAAAAAAGUUGUAAAAAUGUCAAAAUGUAUUUUUUAACUUAUAUUUUCAACCUUACAUUUCCCAUUGAACACCGGAACACCUGGCAAGUGCUGAAACGACAGAAGAGCAAACCGAGAUUUAACGUUAAUCUUGGGAAGCAGCCGCGUUGUGAAAUGUCAGAUUAACUAAUAUGACCGUUUACAGAACACUUAAUAACGCUGUUUUAGCACCUUACCACCACCUUUUGUGGGGAAUUAAUAACGAAUAAUGAAAAACUGACUUAAACAACCUUGAAUGACACUGGCAGCUAUGUCGGCUAGUUAGCUUAGCCGCUACAGCUUUAACCGUUACUGCUGAGCAUUUAUACCAUCUACCUCAUAUCAGGCAGCUAACCAGAGCUUUCAGAAACCAUGUUAAGACGAAUUCGCUUCGACCGGCUUUUUAAAAGCUCACAAGUACUAUUUAAUCGUGUCACUACUUGGUCUCCUGUUGGAGCAGCUUUCAAUGCGCAGCACCACAGGCGACCGGAGCGCCUGCAGAAAAAUGUGGGGUUAUUUGGAGUGCCUGAGCUCAGCUCUCCUGCCGGAUUCCAGGUUGCCAAACGCGAAGCACUCUGGGAAAUGGAGUUUCUGGUGAAGAGAGUCUGUACGGAGCCCCCUGGUGUUGGGACGGUCGAGGCUUUUGACCAGCUGUCUGACAGCUUGUGCAAAGUGGCAGAUUUGGCAGACUUCAUCAAAAUUGCACAUCCUGAUGCUGCUUACCGUAAGGCGGCUGAAAGGACCUGCGUCGAUAUCGGCACAGUUGUGGAAAAACUGAACACGAAUGUAGAACUGUGUCAAAGCCUGAAGAACCUGCUGGAUAACAAGGAUGUUUUGGCCACACUGAAUCCAGACACACGGAGAGUGGCCGAGCUGUUCAUGUUUGAUUUUGAAAUCAGUGGGAUUCAUCUGGAUGAAGCAAAGAGAAGAAAGGCCGUCAACCUGAACGUGAAGCUGCUGGAUCUGAGUCAUGAAUUCCUGCAUGGCUCUCACCUUCCGAGCACAGUAGAGAAGCGCGCUCUGCCUGAACACAUUCGCCACUGUUUCUCACUUGAUGGGAACCGAAUUCAGAUCAGCGGACUGCAUGCAGAUUCUCCAGAUGAGCUGGUGCGAGAAGCUGCAUACAGAAUCUUCCUCUAUCCAAACAAUGAUCUCUUGCUUUGCCUGGAUGAGCUUCUUACUUGUAGGCGUGAGCUGGCAAAGCUGGUGGGCUACGAGUCAUUUGCACACCGAGCUUUGAAGGGAACGAUGGCGAAAACCCCAGAGACUGUGAUGACGUUCCUAGAGCUGCUCACAGAGAAACUCUCUAACAGAACAGCAAAGGAUUUCAGCAUGAUGAGGUCGUUCAAGAAGAAAACACGUUCACGAAACACUGAUCUAAUGCCGUGGGAUCACCCUUAUCUCAGUGGUGUCAUUCGAGCUGAGAAGUGCAACAUUGAGCCCAUCCAGUACAGCCCCUACUUCUCUCUAGGAGCGUGCAUGGAAGGGCUGAACAUGCUCUUCAGCCAGCUGCUUGGGGUCUCUUUCCAGGCUGAGGAACCACAGACAGGAGAGGUGUGGAGUGAUGAUGUCAGAAAGCUGGCUGUGGUUCAUGAGACGGAGGGGCUGCUGGGAUACAUCUACUGUGACUUCUUCCGCCGACCUAAUAAACCACAACAGGACUGUCAUUUCACCAUCCGCGGCGGACGGCUGAAAGCGGACGGACGGUACCAGCUGCCUGUGGUGGUUCUGAUGCUGAGCCUGCCGCCCCCCACCAGCAGAACCCCCUCGCUUCUCACCCCCUGUAUGAUGGAGAAUCUCUUCCAUGAGAUGGGCCACGCCAUGCAUUCCAUGCUGGGCCGGACUCGCUAUCAGCAUGUUUCAGGAACCAGAUGUGCCACAGACUUUGCAGAGGUUCCGUCUGUCCUGAUGGAGUUCUUCGCCUCUGAUUAUCGUGUCGUGAGCCAGUUUGCUCGCCACUAUGAGACAGGAGAGCCUCUUCCUGAAAGCAUGGUGACCCAUCUCUGCCAAUCUAAGAGAAUCUGUGGAGCUGCUGACACUCAGCUACAGGUUUUCUACGCAGCCUUGGAUCAAGUGUACCACGGCAAACCGCAAAACAGGACAACCACUGACAUCCUCAAAGAUAUGCAGGGAAGAUUUUAUGGACUGCCGUAUGUUCACAACACUGCUUGGCAGCUGCGAUUCAGCCACCUGGUUGGUUAUGGUGCCAAAUACUACUCCUACCUCAUGUCCAGAGCUGUGGCCUCCAUGGUGUGGAGGCAGUGUUUUCUCAAAGACCCCUUUAACAGGGCCAUGGGAGAGCGCUACCGCAGAGAGAUGCUGGCUCACGGUGGUGGAAAGGAACCCAUGCUUACGGUCACAGAAAUGCUACAGAAGACCCCCACUAUUGAAGACUUUGUUGAAGCUCUAGUGCUGGACCUUGAAGAUUUUACAUCUUCCAUUUAGCAGACAGAUGAAGCUCUACACACCUUUUCAAACUGUUGAUGCCUUAAUGUAAGAUUAAAAGGAGAUCACUAUUAAAUCUGACUCAUGAAGUGCUGCUGUGUACAUACUGACCGUACCAUUAUAGUUAAUAAACCUGAAC